AGUAUAAAAUUAUUGGGAAAAUUCAUCUGAAUUAUGAUAAUGCGACUGUAUUUAUCAGGAUUUUGAGUUCAAACUAUGAAACUUAUGAGAAUUGUUAACUUUGACAAGUUAAUUUGAAUUGAAAUUUCUAAAGAUUUCUUUAUUUAAUCAGUUAAUUGCCACGUUUUAGACGAUUAACAUUGAAAGAGAUAUCUACAUGGAAGUGCUUAAGAAUUGCUCAAAAAUUGAAUCUUGUGAGAAAAAAAACAGAAGUUAUUUUGAUGCUGGAAACGCCAUAACUAUAAAAAGUCCCGAAUCCAUAAUGUGUGCGUUUAUAUACAAUCUUAAUUAUGGUUUCGGUGUUUUUCAUUCAUCAUUAUGACAAUUUUUGGUUUUAACCAUUUUUGGUUUGGUUUGUUUUGGUGAGUUGGAGUUGAACCAGUUUCCUUGGUUGCAUAAAGUUAAACGGAUUGGACAAAAUUAUUUCAAUUUCAGUUGUCUGUGAAAAUGGAUCCUUUAUAUUUGGCCUUAUCUUUGCAUCGAAGACGAAAAUUUGAUGAAUGUAUCAAAAUUUGUACCCAGGAAUUGGAAAAAACGCCUUUAGAUCAGGCCUUUUGGUUAUUAAAAAUGCGAUCUUUAACAAGUCAAGUUUUUGUUGACGAUGUUGAGGCUGAUGAAGAAGGAAUUGCUGAGCUACUCAUGGACGAUAAUGCAAUUUCCUCUGUACCGAGACCUGGAACAUCACUCCGAGUACCGUCAGCAAACCAAUCAAUUGGAAGAGAUUCCCCAAAUGGUUCCUCAAACAAUCCAUUAAUCACAUCUUCAACUCCAUUUACUGGUAACAGACCUAUUACUCAAUCAGGUCGCCCGAUAACUGGAAUGCUUAGACCGGGAACUCAAAGUAGUGCAUCAAAAAUUGGUAGUAUGGAGAAUACAUUGAAGACUCCAAGAACUUCAAGAACAGCUCGACCAAUGACUUCAGCAUCAGGCCGAUUUGUGCGAUUAGGAACUGCCUCAAUGUUAUCAGGAUCUUCAGGAAGCUAUGAUGACGGUCCUUUCAUAAACUUAGCUCGUCUCAAUAUAGCUAAAUAUGCAACUUUACCGGUAUUAUCAAAAUCUCUGUUUGAAUAUAUACUCUAUAAGGAAGGUGAUGUUCGCCAUGCUCUAGAUUUAGCAGCUCAAGGGUCUCAACACUCAACAUUUAAUGAUUGGUAUUGGAAGCUAGGACUAGGAAAAUGUUAUUAUAAAAUGGGUUUAUUACGCGACGCUGAAACUCAGUUCAGAUCAGCCUCGAAACACAAUGAAUCAACUGUUGACGUUUACCUUUGGCUGGGUAAAGUGUAUCUUCGUCUAGAUCAACCUUUAGCUGCAUUAAACAUUUACAAAACUGGUUUAACCAAAUUUCCCAGUGAAACGUUUCUUCUCGCUUAUUGUGCUCGAGUCCAUGAAGCUUUAUCCCAAUUGGAAGAAUCAGUAACAAUUUAUAAAGAAAUUUUAUCCUACGAGGCGACCAAUGUUGAGGCCAUUGCUUGUAUUGCCAUGCAUCACUUUUAUUGUGACCAACCAGAAAUUGGAUUGCGAUAUUAUCGACACUUGCUUCAAAUGGGAACAAAGAAUGCUCAAAUCUAUAACAAUUUAGGAUUAUGCUGUUACUAUUCACAACAAUUUGACAUGGCAAUUACUUGUUUUGAAAAGGCUUUAAAUGCAGCUCAAGAAGAUGAUUUGGUCGCUGAUAUUUGGUACAAUAUCGGAAUGAUUGCAAUCGGAUCUGGUGACAAACAGUUAGCCAGUCAAGCUUUUAGAUUAGCUCUUGUUGCUGAUAAUACUCAUCCUGAAGCUUACAAUAAUUUAGGUGUUCUUGAAAUGACCAAAACUAACCCAACAACACACAAUUUACAUCAAGCAAAGGCCUUUUUCCAAGCUUCAGCCACAGCAUCAGAAACAAAUGGCUGUCCAAUCUAUGAACCUCAUUAUAAUUUAUCAUUAAUUGGUGAAAAAACCGGACAUUAUGAUCUAUCUUAUCAAAGUGUCAAGAAAGCUUUAUCUAUUUAUCCCAAUUUUUAUGCUGCUAAAGCCAUUUAUGAAAGAAUCAAAAAGGAAUAUGAAAAUGUUUAAUUCAAUUCAAAAAAUUGAAUAGCAAGGAUAAAAUAAAAGUAGGAAACAAUAUAAAUUAGAUGUAAUAUAAUAAAUGAUGGAUUUGAUUAAAUCCUUUAUCAUUUGAAAAAUGAAAUAUAAACCCACACAAAUUACUUCAUUACCACCAAACAAUUAUUUCAAUUAUCAAAGCUAAAAAUGAAUAUUCUAACGUUGAAUGUCUAAAAUCCCAAGUCUAAAUUGUCAUAAUUUAUUCAAUAAUUCAUGUGUAAAGAUAUUGAUUAAGAAUAUGAGAUCAUUUUGAUUCGAUCUUCAAACAUGACCGCUUGAAUGAUCGACAGAAUAACUGUAAAAUUUAUUUCAAGCUCCUUUUGGUUAUUGUUUCAAGAUGAAAUUGGAUGAUGACAGAGUGGACAGUUAUUGAAUGAAACUAAUUCAACUCUUAAACAAUUAUGUUUGCAUCUUGAACAAGUCCAUUGUUGAUUUGCGUCCAUAAUUGGUUUACCGCUAGCAACACAAAUGGGAAAUUUAACAUUACAACUUGGACAGAUUGUUGACCAAUCAGCAAUCAUUGUUUCACAAUAAGUGCAUUCACUUCGAGUUAAAUUUUUAGACUCUUUGGGUUGAUUAACGGUAAAUAUUGAGAUGGCCAAAUCUUGAUAAGACAAUCUCCUCUCCUCUGGUAUUGACUCUAGCGAUUCAAGUUUAAUGAAAGCUUUAGAGGCAAUGUAAUAAUUUGAAUUG